AUGUAUAGACAAACUGUUGAGGUACUAUCUGUUGGGAGAAAUACAAGAUGGGUUUCAUCGACUAUUAGGCGUGCAACAAGUGCAACUCCGGUAGUAAGAUCUAAUGGACUAAAUACUGAUUCAGAUAAUGCUGAUAUUAGGGUUCCAGUUGGAAACUCAACUCAGGUUGAAAAUGUAACAAGUCAGUUAACAGAUGAUUCUUCGGGGAAGAAACGCAGGGGCAACAGAAAAAGGAUUACAGAGUUUAAGGAUGCUCUUAAUUUAGGUCCAUCUUUUGCGGACUUUGUUUCAGGAAAGGCUUCAAACAUGAUCUUGGAUCCUCUAGAGAGGGCAAGACAGAAUUCAGAGGAAGCCAAGAAACUGCCUCGUUGGCUUAAGGUCCCUAUCCCUAAAGGUACCAAUUAUCAUAAACUGAAGGGUGAUGUGAAAGAAUUGAAGCUAAGUACUGUUUGCGAAGAGGCGAGAUGCCCCAAUAUUGGUGAAUGUUGGGGAGGGAAAGAUAAGUCUAAGGCAACAGCAACAAUUAUGCUACUAGGUGACACCUGCACUCGUGGGUGUAGGUUUUGCUCUGUGAAGACCAAUAGAACGCCUAGUAGACCAGACCCGAUGGAACCCGAAAAUACUGCCGAAGCUAUCAAAAGAUGGGGGUUAGGUUAUGUUGUGCUAACUACCGUAGAUAGAGACGAUUUGAUUGAUGGUGGUGCCAAUCAUUUGGCUGAAACGGUUCGCAGAAUUAAGCAGAAGGCACCAAAGACCCUCGUGGAGACUCUUUCUGGUGAUUUUAGAGGUGAUUUAAAGAUGGUGGACGUCAUGGCACAAAGUGGACUUGAUGUCUACGCACAUAAUUUAGAGACAGUAGAACUACUAACACCGCAUGUCAGAGACAGGAGGGCUACUUAUAGACAGUCUUUGAGUGUCCUAAAAAGGGCAAAAGCUACAGUUCCAUCACUAAUUACUAAAACCUCAAUUAUGCUGGGUUUGGGAGAAACUGAUGAGCAAAUAAUCCAAACUUUAAAGGAUUUACGUGAUAUCCAAUGUGAUGUUGUUACGUUUGGUCAGUAUAUGAGGCCAACCAAAAGACAUAUGAAAGUUGUAGAAUACGUAAAACCUGAAAAGUUUGACUAUUGGAAAGAAAAGGCUUUAGAAAUGGGAUUCUCGUAUUGUGCUUCUGGACCUCUAGUAAGAUCUUCCUAUAAGGCUGGUGAAGCAUUUAUCGAAAAUGUUUUAAAUAAAAGAAACAUGAAAUAG